AUGGCCACCCAUAGUACCGUGAAACCCUAUGAAUGUAACCGGUGUGGCAGAUCCUUCCGGGAUAACACAGACCUGCGCAUCCAUAUGAGGACGCACACUGGGGAAAGACCCUAUGAAUGUCAGCAGUGUGGGAAGGCCUUCAGAUAUAUGGGGAAUCUGCGGGAACAUAUGCCAACACACACGGGCGAGAGACGGUAUGAAUGUCAGCAGUGUGGGAUGGCCUUCAAGUAUAACUCAGGCCUACGAGAACACAUGCGGAAACACACUGGAGAGAGACCCUAUAAGUGUCAGCACUGUGAAAGAACCUUCAUUCGUCACUACACACUUGUAGUACAUACUGUGAGAAGGCACACCGAGGGUGGACACUUGGAAUGUAAGGAGUGUGGUGAAACUUUCAGAAAGCAUCGACCUUUUGAACAUCACAUGGCCACACACGAUAUCCUGAAACCCUAUGAAUGUAAGGAGUGUGACACAGCCUUCAGGUGCCACAGAGACCUACAG